AUGAAUAAAGAAGUGUGUAAAAAUUUCUAUGCUAUAAAUAACUCGAUUCCCCAUAAUCUGGAAAAUAAAGGGAACUAUAAAUUUGUUAUGAAUGAAAACAUUUUAAAUGGGUAUUGUACUAGUAACAACUGCAGUAGUAAUCACGAAAAAAUUAAUGCUGGAUGUUUAUAUUUGUUUGAUGCAUUUUUUCAGAGUUCUUCUGUGUUUGAUUCUGUUGCAAAAGGUAACAUAAAUGUUUAUGAAUACAUUAUGAUAUGGUUAAGUAAAAUGUUAAACCGAAUCGAUAAUAAAGAAAAACAGAGUCUAACUUUUUUUUAUGAUAUAUAUAUAAAGAAUGAGAAUUAUAAAAAGCCUAUAUCGAGUUUUACGAAGUAUAAAGAUUAUAAGGAACUUAUAGAUGAAACAAAUAUGAUGAAAAUGGAUAUUAAAGAUAUAUCUAAAUUAUAUGAUGCAUUUACUACAUUAUGUAUGAUGUAUAUUGAAUUUGAUGAAAAAAGUCCAGAUUGCAAUAAAUGUUCAAAAUAUGCUGAUGAAUUUGUUAAAAAGUAUAAUAAACUUAAUAACGAUUCUGAUAUUGCUAAAGAUAGUCCAUAUUAUAGAUUAUUGUCUACACUAUCAAAUGAUUAUGAUAAUUUUAAAAAAUAUUGUAAUAGUAAAGGUGGUAAAUGUGAAAAGUAUCCAUCCCUUACAUCGAUAGAAAACAUGCAAACUCCUGCACAUAGUUAUGGACAAAUUUCUGAAGAUACAUCAUCAAGUUCGUCGAUAACAACCAGAUUAUUUACAGUUUUAUCGAUAUUUGGUGCAAUAGCAUUUUUUUUAGGAAUAUCUUAUAAGUAUUCGUUAUUUGGAUUUCGGAAACGAUUUCAAAAACAAAAAUUAAGAGAAAAACUAAAAAAUAUAAAGAAGAAAAUGAAUCAUUAA